AUGCAGAAGAUUUGCACAGAGCAGUCGUACCCGGCACCAGGCUGCCGCCUGCCCACCCACACGCCUGAAGGCUCGGAGGAGAUGAACACUGAGAUCAGGCCCGCGGAUGAUGAGGGACAAACAGCUUUCACGGGAACAGGGGCCAUGUCCAGGCUCUCCCGUUUCAUGCACUUUGUUAAAAACUGGGGGUCCCUGCGUACAGAUGGAAGUGUGGCCCCUAUGGACUCCACCGUGGACAGUCACACUGAAUUUAGAAGAGCCUGGAGGGCCGAGAGCAUGACGUCCCCCAGGAACUCCGACAAGCUCUGCAGAAGGAACAAUGGUCAGUGGCCCCUCGCUGCACUAAAUAUGAACAACUGCAACAACACUGACGACAAAAAGGGCGACAAGAAGGACGAAGUUAAGAAGGACGAGAAGAAAGAUGAGAAGAAAGAUGAGAAGAAAGAUGAGAAAAAGGAUGACAAGAAGGAUGACAAGAAGGACGACAAGAAAAAGGAGGAGCCUCCAAAGGAGGUAUGGAUCAUGGACCCGGCCACAGAUUUGUACUACCACUGGUUAUCCACGAUGGCGAUCCCUGUGUUCUACAACCUCAUGUUGCUUGUGGCGAGGGCUUGUUUCAACGAACUGCAGUAUACCAACACAACAUUAUGGAUGGUUUGUGACUACGUCUCUGAUGCCAUCUAUUAUCUAGAUACCUUUGUGAGAGCCAGGACAGGUUUUCUGGAACAAGGCCUGCUUGUGAGAGACCCAAAGAUCUUAAAAGAAAAUUACAUGAAGACCCCACAGUUCAAAAUGGACAUAAUCUCAAUGAUACCCACUGAUAUUAUCUUCUUGAAAAUUGGUAUUAACAACCCGGAAUGGAGGUUCAACCGUCUUUUGAAGCUCGGUCGCCUCUUCGAGUUCUUUGACAGGACUGAAACUCGAACCAACUUCCCAAAUAUCUUCCGAAUUGGCAAUCUUGUACUCUACAUUAUCAUCAUUAUUCACUGGAAUGCCUGUCUGUUCUUUGCCAUUUCCAAAACUCUGGGCUUUGGGUCAGACACCUGGGUGUAUCCAGACAUCACAGACCCAGAAUUGGGACGUCUCUCCAGGCAGUAUAUCUACUGUCUCUAUUGGUCCACACUCACGCUGACCACCAUCGGAGAGACACCACCCCCUGUCCGAGACAUUGAGUAUCUGUUUGUGGUUAUAGACUUCCUUACUGGUGUCCUGAUCUUUGCCACAAUUGUAGGUAACGUUGGUGCCAUGAUCUCAAACAUGAAUGCUGCGCGUGCAGAGUUCCAGGCAAAGAUUGAUUCCAUCAAGCAGUACAUGCAGUUUCGUAAGGUCUCAAAAGAUCUGGAGGCCAGGGUGGUGAAAUGGUUUGACUACCUCUGGACAGAAGAGAAAACGUGCGACGAAAAAGAGGUGCUUAGGAACCUGCCGGAUAAGCUGAAGGCGGAGAUCGCCAUCAACGUGCAUCUGGAGACAUUGAAGAAAGUCAGAAUCUUUCAGGACUGUGAGGCAGGGCUUCUGAUUGAGCUGGUGCUCAAGCUGCAGCCCCAAGUAUUUAGUCCUGGUGACUACAUCUGCAAAAAGGGAGACAUCGGCCGAGAAAUGUAUAUCAUUAAAGAGGGAAAGCUGGCUGUGGUGGCAGAUGACGGUGUCACUCAAUUUGUGGUGCUCAGUGAUGGGGCAUACUUUGGAGAAAUCAGCAUCCUCGGUAUCAAGGGCAGUAAGGCGGGCAAUCGCAGAACAGCCAACAUCAGAAGCGUUGGCUACUCUGACCUCUUUGCCCUUUCCAAAGACGAUCUGAUGGAGGCACUUACUGAAUACCCGGAAGCUAAACAUGCCCUGGAGGAGAAGGGGAGGGCCAUCCUGAUGAAAGACAACCUUAUAGAUGAAUCAGCUACCACAGCUGGUUCUGAUGCCAAAGACAUGGAAGAUAAGGUCAACGCACUGGAGAAUAUCUUGGAGAUCAUGAACGUCAAGCUCCGUAAGCUAACAGACCAGUAUGGAUCUUAUGAGCGCAAGCUCAAGCAAAGGCUCACCAAUAUGGAGAACCAAGUCCGAACCCUGAAAGUAGAGGACCUCUCUGAUGUGGAAAAAGACAGUGACAGCAAAGUGCAAUAGUGUAAUCGGAAGUAUUACUUUGAGUAUGUGAUCCUCCAUACCUCAAUGGGUAAAACCGACGGCCAGGGUUUAGAAGUUUCAUCCAGGCUAAAAAUGUAUGCAGUCGCUGGACUCACUUUGCACACACUGCUUUGGAUGAAAAUGUCCAACAAAUGGCUGUGUGAUAAGCAGUUGGACAGAC